ACCCUCGCCUCCCGCGAGCUCCGGUUGCCGCCCCGCUGCCCGGCCCCUCGGACCGAUCAUGUGAUCUUCGCUAAGCACACGGUAGACUUUAAACACUUCGACGAGAAAAAAAAGUUUCUUAGCUUUUACAAGGUUUUGUCCGGUCGCCAUCAACGUUCCUGGAGCUUCACUCUUGUCAUUUGGACUGUUUUUGCGCACGACAGUUACUGACAACGACUUGGUCCUUAUCACUUUUGCGUCGUUUUGUCUCGGUUCGGUCUUUUAAAACCAGUAAGGAGAAGGCAGCGACGUCACUUUUUAUCAAGAAAAUUCCAGUGGGAGCAGCCAUGCUCAUGUGUGACUACCCAGUAAAGGCAGACAUGGACAUGGGCUACCCCUCCUUGGUGAGCUCCCAGGCCGAGCCCUUCGGCGUCAUCCUGGCCGUGCACCAGUACCCCCCUCAGUUUGCCCCUCAGUACCCGCCCCAUUUUUCUUGCCCACCCUACAGUAGCCCCUCCCCCCCUCGCAGCCCCGCACACUCGCAGCUGGAGCCCGUGGACCUGUCGCUGGGCAAGAAGCCCUCUCCUUCCUCACCCUCCUCGUCCUGCUCCUCCUCCUCCUCGUCCAGAGCCACGCCUCCGUCCCCGCACGGGAGCCUCAGCCCCAUCACCACGUCCCGCUCCCACUCCGCCUCCGCGCCAGGAUCCACUUCCGGGUCACCCCAGCCCAGACUCCUGACUCCGCCCAUGACGCUGCCGUUUCCCACCGUGUUGACCCCGCUGGUACCCACAGCAGGUCCUGGCCUCAUCCCGGUCCUGCCCAGCGUCAUGCUGCCCUCCAUGCCCCUGCUCUACCCACCCCCUCUCCUGCCCUCACCCCUCAUGCUGUCACCCACUACACCUGAUGACCAGCAGGGCGGUGCCACCACAUUCAAAGCCGUGUCUUCCAUAAAAUCAGAGGUCUGCCAAGACAACCAGCCAAUCAAAUCAGAGCCCCGCACUGAGCAUUCUCUGAGCACAUACAGCCAGGAAAUCCCAUCACCACCCAUACCGCGGAAUUACAACGAGGCGAACACACAUUCAGUGAUUGUGCACACCCGUAAGGUGGAGUCACCAGAUCCUCUGAAGAAACGACGCAUUCAUCGCUGUGAUUUCGGCGGCUGCAAUAAAGUCUACACCAAGAGCUCGCACUUAAAAGCCCACAGACGCACACACACAGGCGAGAAGCCAUAUAAGUGUAUGUGGGAGGGAUGCACAUGGAAGUUUGCACGCUCAGACGAGCUGACACGUCACUACCGCAAGCACACGGGUGUGAAGCCGUUCCAGUGUCCUGACUGUGACCGCAACUUCUCUCGCUCUGACCACCUCGCUCUCCACAAGAAACGCCACCUGUUGGUCUGAGCCACGACUACAGGGCUGCCACUUCGAGGGUGAACACAAAAAAGCACCUUCAGUUUAGCUGCCACUUGACGGCAGAUGGACAGUGUCAUUAUCAGGGUGUAGGGGUUGUUCUUUGUUCUUCACACAAGGAAAAGGUUGAAGUGAGCGAUUAAAUAAAAGAAGAGGUGUAAAGUGAGGUGACUCCUUCCACUCCUCUUCACCUCCCUGUUACCAUGGAUUGGACCUGAUCUGGUUGCCAUGGAAAAAUGUUUCUAUUGCUAUGAAUAUUGCUUUUAAAUGGAACCUGACAGUAAAGACCCUUAUAUAUUGAGGCGUGAGCCACCUUAUGGAACUUCUGCUUCGGCAGUCGUCUUUAUUUCUCUCUGUCUCUAGCAUUCAUCCUGUUCUAAGCAUCUGGGCACACACAAGCACACUCACACACAUAUACACAAGCACACUCGCACACACACACAAGCACACUCACGCGCGCACGUGCCCACAACCUCACCCUCUGUCUGCCUCAAUCAUAUCAGCAAUUUUGUUUCGCCCUCUGCUGGUCAAAGGGCUUCUUUCUCUUUCUUUCUUUCUUUCUUUCUUUCUUUUUCUCUCUCUCUCUCUCUCUCUCUCUCUCUCUCUCUCUCUCUCUCUCUCUCUCUCUCUCUCUCUCAUACACACAAACAGUAGCGCACCCGCACCCAGUAUCUAUCCUAAAUAAUGUGAAAUUAUUUUUAUAUUAGUCAGGAAAAACGUGUAUGUCAGUAAUUUUGUAACCAUCACGAAUAACGUGAGUAUAAUCUAUCGUGCAUGAGCGGGACCAGAUCUUAUCAUUAUUUUUUUAUAUUAGUUUUUCAGGCUUUCAUUUGUUCCUUUCGUCAUCGUAUGGGUUAGUCUUAUGGUGUUAUUUUGAGCGGUAAGUCUACUCUUAAGACUAUAUCAAAACCCAAGUUAUUUUUAUUAGUUCAGAAGCGGAGAGAAUCUUUGGCGUUAGCUUGCAGGCCUAUUAACGUAUCCUCGCACCGAACUUGGCGAGGACAUCGACAGCAAACUCUCACAGCAUCAGUACCAGUCUCAGCAGUACGAGCUUAUCCGCGUGUCAGUUAAUCUUUAUUGAGUAAAUAUGUAAGUACUGUGUACUACAUUCGACCUAUGCAACUCUGUAGGCCUAUUUGCACAUCAGCUUUAGUAACGAUGUUUCAUACGAAUGCUGGUCUAUAGGUCACGGCGAGUUAAAGUAGCGGUCCUGAGGCCAGGACAAUACGUAUGGCCACUUGGUGCCGAGUUGUUAAAACAGUAGGAGCUUAGCUAUAUCUCACAGAAAAAGCGUACACAGCUGCUCAAACAGUUAAACAUAGUUAGCUGCUAUGAUAUGGCAUGUAGAAAAAUGGGAAGGUCGUUUUAUUUAAUGAUGAUGUAUAGGCGGUAGAUUGGAAUAUUCGCUAAAAGCGAAUAUUCGUCGAACCAUAAUAACGCACGAAUGCUGGGUUGUACAGGGUUGUUAUCCAUCGAGAUCUUUGGUGGAAGCUUUGGGGAACAGUCGGAAUUCCAUUAAAUGGUGUCUGUAUUUAUGGCUAAAUGUGAAGCAUUUAAACGGGGCAUUAAUGAAACGAGUUUAGUCUGGCUGUAGUCAGUGUAGUUUUCGUUGACAUUUUGUGCGUGCUUAAAGAAGCGUGUUAGGACGUGCGUGUGUUCUUUCUCAAGAUUUUGAAAAUCUCUUUUCUGUGAACCGUUUUUUGGAGCGCACGACUUACAAAAGGGAAUGUGCACUUUAAACUGAGUUGACAGCCAAAUAUCUAUCGGGAAGUUAGGGAAAAUACUUAACACUUUAGUGGCUAAAUAACCAUGAUCAACAAGUCCUCUUAGCAAGCAAGAAAUUCACAACAGACCAUAGAUGGCACUUCUCAUCUCAGUCCUCUUCCUAUCUUGCGUUGUUAUUUAAAUUCUGUUGUCUAUCGAAGGAUGUUUGAUAUUAAAGUUUCAUUUGAAGUAGGCCUACUGAGCUCAGUCAUGAGAAACAGAUGAGAAAGAUGAACAGUACAAACCGACAGACGGAUGAAAACAGUUGCGAGAAGAGUCAGAGACUUGCAGAAUGCAAGAAGGCGGAUGCGUUUAUUGUCUGAGUAGCAGAGAGCAUACAGGCAGCCUCAAAGAACGUUACAUAAACCUUCCCUGAGAAUUCUUUUCCUGAAAAAUUUAUAGCGGAAAUUGUAAUAUAUAUAUAUAUAUAUAUAUAUAUAUAUAUAUAUAUAUAUAUAUAUAUGUAUAUGUAUGUGUUUUGUGCUGUGGAUUAAAACAAUUGAAAGGGAAAUUAAAUGAUUUAUAUGCAUCAUGAUUUUUAUAUAUUUGUAAUCUCAUCAAAUAUUAUGCAUUUCUAUGAAGAUGUGAAUCUUUAUAUCUCCAGUUCUGUCUUAUUCAAAUUAGCCAUAUUUUUGCUGUUCAAAAGGGAAUCAUAUUAUGACGUUGUAUAAAACUGUGAAAUAAGACAUAUUCUGUACAGACUAAUAUUGUAUUAUUAUUUUAGAUAUACAAUGUAACGUUUAAUAAACUUUUGUCUGUGCAUUUUUGCAUAAA